UCCGGCGGCCGCGGGGUGUCCGGUGGGCUCGGGGUGCCCGGCGGGUCCCGGAGGCCGGAGCGGGCCUGGCGCAGGGAAGGAGCCGUGCCGGUGGCCCGCGGGGUCCCGGUGCCGCGGCGGCCAUGGAGGAGCGGAGGAAGAAGCGGAGCCCGCAGAGCUGCCUGGCCCAGCCGGUGCCCGCCGGGGCCCCGCGGCCGCUGCCCCCGAGCAAGAGCGCGUCCUUCGCGCUGCCGCUGCCCGCGCUGCCCUCGCCCCGGCAGCGGCCGCGGCCCCGCCGGGCGAGCAAGGAGCGGGCACGGGCGGGCGCGGGCGGCUCCCGGGGCGCCCCGCUCCAGCACAGCUUCCUCACGGACGUGUCCGACGUGUGCGAGAUGGAGCGGGGGCUGCUCAGCCUCCUCAGCGACUUCCACUCGGGAAAGCUGCAGGCGUUCGGUGAGGGAGGGCUGGGAUUCUGGGUGGAUUUUGGGCAGAUUCUGGGUGGAUUCUAG